GUAAAUUAUCUAACCUACAUUCCAAGUAAAAUUCCUUUCCACGUUUAGAUCAUUAGAUUUUCAAGUAAAUUACGUGGAACUGACAUUUCAAUGUUUAUAUAAAUUUUUGAUGUGACAGCUCGUGGUCUGCUAAAGUCGACAUUUGUUCGAUAGUAUCGAGCUUCUUUGGCAGCUCGAAAGUAAAAUGGCACUCGAUCGUAGAUUAGAAUGUUAUUAGUCAUUCGUUGUGUCGUGUUUAUAAGUAAAUAUCAGCUGAAUGUAUAAAGCGAAACGAAGAGAGAUUCCAUGACGGCGUCUAUCUGACCGAUAUUUUAUAAGUAAGUCCAGCUGAUAAGAAUCUUAUGAAAAAUGGGCCUUUUCCCGAAUUCGUCGCCUUUCGAUGCUGACGUUGAGAAAGCAACGAAUGAAAAAAAUACAUCAGAAGAUUGGGAGAAAAUACUGGAAAUCUGUGAUCGAGUUGGUAAUUCUUCUCAGAAUGCCAAAGAUUGUUUACGUUCUAUCGUUAAAAGAUUAAAUUCGCAAGAUCCACAUAUUGUUAUACAAGCCAUAACAUUAUUGGAUGCAUGCUCAAGUAAUUGUGGAAAAACUUUCCAUCUGGAAAUAGCAUCUAGAGACUUUGAAAAUGAUUUGAAAAAAAUGAUUAAUCAUUCUCAACCUAAGAUUGUGGAAAAAAUAAAAAUACUUUUAAAAAAAUGGGCUGAAGGAGAUUUUAAAACAGAUCCUCAACUUAAUUUGAUUCCAAGUUUAUACAAUAAACUUCGAAAUGAAGGACUUGAUUUUUCUAGUUUAUCAGAGACACCAAAACGUUCCAGCAUUUUAAGUAAAGAUCCAAAUGUAGUAACAAAUUCUCAAGAAGAAGAAGAUCUAGCAAAAGCUAUCGAACUCUCGCUGAAAGAAAAUAAGCCUCAAACAAGUUCUUCUCAUGGUUCACCAGCAUCUAAAAAAAGUACUAGUUUAUAUCCAAGUGUAAGUUCUGCGCUUACUACCUCAAAUACUUCAGAAGGCCGUAAGGUUCGAGCUCUUUAUGACUUUGAGGCAGCUGAAGAUAAUGAGCUAACGUUCUUAACUGGAGAAAUAAUAAAUAUUUUGGACGAUUCUGACCAGAAUUGGUGGAAAGGUAGUAAUCACAGAGGAGAAGGUCUUUUCCCUUCUAAUUUUGUUACUGCGGAUUUAUCAGUGGAACCUGAACAGUUUACAAAGUUAGAGCAUAGUAAUAAAAAAUUAGUUCAGUUUGCUGAAGAAGUAGAGGUAAAAACACUGAAGAGAGAAUUGGAGGUGAUAGAAGUGGAAAUAGAUGAAAAAAAGAUGGAUAGACUUUUACAUUUGUUACAUGAAGCUGAUCCACAGUGUGAUAGUUCGUCUGACCCUCAAGAAAUGCUUGAUUUAGAAGAACAAGUUACUGCAAUGGGUCCAUUGAUUGAUGCAGCUCUAGAAAAAGUCGAUAAACGACACGCUCAACUCACUCAAUUGAGUUCUGAUUUGGUCGAAGCUUUGAAUAUGUAUCAUACAUUAAUGCGGGAGCCUCCUCCUCCAGCACAAUCUAAUUAUACAAUGCCUAAAAUGUCGUCACAUAUCUCUUAUCCAUUUCCUAAUCAGGGACCACCAUCACCAUCUCCUCAUAUGUAUAAUGGAAUGCCAGCACCACAUCAGGUACCUUUCUCAAAUACAGGUGGACCUCCAGGUCCACAUGAAUACAUGGGACCUUCUAGUAUACCAAACAUGGCAUUACCACCUCAUUUUCGUAUACAGCCUGGUCCUCAGCCUCCAACAGGACAUCCACAAGGUCCACCAGUGCCUGAACAAACACAUCCCUACCAACAACAGGGCAGAUUUCCACCUCAAACUGGUCCUGUGCCAGCUCAAUAUGGUCCGCCGGGAUCGACAGGACCUUCGAUUAACCAUCAACCACAAUAUGCUCCAUCGAGUGGGCAACGUAUGAUAUAAGUAAAAAUUACGCGUUGAAAAUUCACAUUCUACUUUAACUCAUGCUGUACAAUAUUACGAUAUUAUAAUUAUUUAAAUAAAAAUAUCCGAAAUAGCCAAAGAAAAUUGGUUUUUAAUGAACGCUUUACGUUUGACUUUGUAUUGAAUUUGGUAUUAUGUAAGCUUGUAUUUGUAGAUAUACACGGCAGUGCAUAUACAAAAGCGCGUAAGAACAAGUAAUUUAUUUAGUCUCUUUGAGCAUUUUCAUAUUAGAUUGUAAUUUUGGCUUUUUGAUAUACUUAUGUAUUGUGUUUGAAUAAUCUAAUUCUUUAAAGCAUUCCACAUUUUAAAUUUCAUUAUGUUCUAUCAUUUAAAUAAAUGUUAGUGUUAUGAUUCGAUACUGUGAUAUUUGGAAGAACAUUUAUUGGUUACAAAAGUAUUUCCAAAAUAAAUGCUUGAAAUUUUUAUCACGAAAGAGAAUAAUGUGAAAUUAAUAAGAUUUGAAAACUGUAUUUCAAAAAUCCUUAAUACAGAUGUUGAAUUAAAUGAUUGUAAUAUCUUGUGUAUAUGUUUUUACAAUAGAAGUAACAUUAUAUAAAAAGUGACAGUGUAUCGAUGAAGUGCUGCUACUAAAUGUAUCUUUGUUUUUAUUCUAUUUCAUGUAUUCUUUGUACAUUAUAACUAUACUUUAAGAAAGAACGUAUUGCAUUGAAGCAUACAGAAGCAUUGAAAAUAAAUUAUCAAUGUUAUUUACGCAUUAUUGGAAAGAAAAUUUUCACGAUCUGGUCUAGUCUCUUCACUGUACAUAUAAUAAGAUUAAUUCCUAUUAACGGUUAAAUGAGUUGUCAUAAACAAAUUUUUAUGGAAUGUUGAUACAUUGUAUUCGCGUAAUACUAUUUUUACCGUCACAAUUAAAAGCCUUAUAUCUUUGUCAAAAAAGAAAGAAAAUAAAGUAAAAUAGCACUUUUAAGAUAGUACUUCUUUUGUAGCUACGAAUAUAAUUAAACAUACGAAUAAACUUGUUGACAUUUUUGGCUAUUUGACAAAACGUAGAACACAUAGCUGUGAUUGUGCAAUAUUUGUAAGAAAUGCGAAUUAUACAAAAUAGACAAAGGAAGCAUAACGAGUAAAAUAAAAUAACGCGUUAUGAAUAAUUCUAUAAUAGAAGUAUAAACACAUUUUAUGUGAACUAUAUAAAAAUCUAUGAAUUAAAUCUAAUGCAAGCGACAGAAUAUGUCGAUAAUUUGCAACAAUCGUAGACCAAGCAUGAGGUUUUACAUACAGUGUUAUUAAAUGAUCGUACGUUUUGAUAGAUUUUCUGAAAAACAAAUAUAAUGUACACUGUAUACUAUAUUUCAUAGCCCCAUUAAACUAUCAUUAUUUACGAUAUAAAAAAACAACUCACAUUGAUUCGCAUAUGUAUAUUCAUUAGACAUAGUAAAAAAUUAGAAGUAUUGAAUAAUUGUAAAUUAUGUAAAUAUAAUGUAGUAGAUCCUUCAUGUACCACAAUACUCAAUAUGUGUUAAAUAGUAUUAAUGUAAUAUUUUCUAAUGAAUAAUCAGUUUUUAAUCAUUUACAAAUGAAUACAUUAAAAAUUAGACACAUGGUGUAAUCGUUUGAUAAAAAAAAAAAAGAACAAAAAGAAUUUUAACGACAUGCUUUCACUAAUUUUGUAUUGAUCAUUUUAUGAUUUUGUAAUUUUUUAUCAGAAAAUAUAUAUUCUCCGUAUAUGA